UGCAGGUCAAGAUUCCCGUUUUAGAAACUUGCACCAAAAUUGGAAAUUGGUAAAUUGGUAUUCAUUGCGAUCUUAGCGAAAAUGAUUUACCAUUUGUUGAAGCAAGAAGAAAUCGAUUUACUAGAAAAUUCCAUUGAUGAUCUUCCAAAUACAAGUUUAUCACAGUCUUUGUUUUCACGUACCCAAAAAUUUAAGACAAACAAACCAAUUUCUAUCAAAAAAGAAAAAUCUUUAGAUAAUGAAAUUGAAAAAGUUUUAUCUACAGGUCAAAAUCAAGAGUGAAGAACAAAGUGAUGAUAAAAUUGAUCAUAAAUCUGUAAUGAAUCUAACAAAUCAAGGUAGUAAAAGGAAAAAUCAAUUAGCAGAAUUAUCUCUUCGACGUUUAAAAAAAGCAAAAAAUCUUGAUAAUAAUGAUGAAGAAUUUGGUUUAGACAGUCAAGUAACUGGUAAAGAGCUGAGUUAACCAACAAAACGUAAAGAUAAAAAAAGAUCAAACAAAACUACAAAAGUUACUACACGAUCACAAAAAAAAUAUGAAAAUUACCCGAUGUAGAGGUGCAGAUACCAACAGUAUCACACAAAUCAAAUUUCAAGCAAGUGUAUCAUCUAUAUCUUCCUCCCGUUAGGUAAUAUUAUCUAACAAAUCCUGACUUUCUAUUUUACCUGAUGACCCAGAAGAAAAACGAAAACAUAUCAUUGGAUUGGUGCAGAGCAGUUUCCUUAUCUAUCUUU